AGUUUACGAGGGACCCAAAUAAUGCAGCAGCUUUCAUGAUUUCUUGACUUUACUCCGAAAUUUUGCAAAACAUUCUUAGUCAAGAUACUCUAGGCUAAAAUCAUUACUUAAUAAAGCGCAUCUACCCAAUAUUUGAAUUGCCCUUUAAUUCAAAUCUUCACCAGAGCGCCAAUGUCUACCGUGUCUACUUGUAGUAUGAAUAACGUCCAUAUUCUGUCAAUCAUUUAGCAGGGCCAUUCGGAUCUGAGCACGAAAAUCAAAUGGAGAAUAUAUGGGUCGGGAUCCGUGUAAGGCCUCCUAUGGAGAAUGACAUCUGCAGGGCAGAGUACCCGUGGAAAAUAUACCAGAACUCUAUAUCCUUAAGCACACCAUCAAUUACUCAGUCCUUCUGCUUUGAUAAUGUCUUUGGUCGUGAUGCUAAUAACGAAGAUGUUUACCGAGCUCAUCCAAAACAAGUGGCACUGGCAGCUGUUAGUGGCUUCAAUGGUACGGUAUUUGCAUAUGGGCAAACAAAUAGUGGCAAGACAUAUACAAUGCAUGGAACAAUGACAAACCCGGGGAUAAUAUCAUUAGCUGUCAUUGAUGUGUUUGAACAUAUCAAAAUGGUUAUUGACAGGGAGUUUCUCCUCCGAGUGUCCUUCAUGGAGAUAUAUAAUGAAGAGAUAAAGGAUCUUCUUUGCCCUGAAAAUUGCAAGCUCGAGAUCCAUGAGAAUCAAGAGCGUGGAGUAUUUGUGGCAGGCUUAAAGGAAUUAAUUGUCAAUAGUCCUCAACAAGUGCUGGAAACUUUGCAGUUUGGAGAAGUGAAUCGUCAUUUUGGGGGCACAAACAUGAAUGCUAAUAGUAGCAGGUCACAUGCAAUAUUUCGAAUGGUCAUUGAAAGCAAGAGGAAAUCAAUUCAGUCAACCACAGUGGUAGUUGAUUCUGAUGUUGUUCAAGUUUCAACCUUGCACAUGGUAGAUUUGGCUGGAUUUGAACGCAUUUCAAAGACAGGAGCUGAUGGGUUUCGGUUGCGAGAAGGAACAUAUAUCAAUAAAAGUCUUGUCACACUAAGUAAUGUGAUAAAGAAAUUGAGUGAUGGAGUUGGCAACCAGGGUGGGCACAUACCUUAUCGUGAUAGCAAAUUGACAAGAAUUCUUCAAUCUGUUCUUGGAGGAAAUGCCAAAAUGUCCAUAAUUUGUAAUGUGUCCCCUGGUCAGGCUCAUGUUGAAGAAACGAGAGGUACGUUACUGUUUGCAAGUCGAGCAAAGAAGGUUACAACAUGUGCUCAUGUUAAUGAGGUUAUGAAUGAUGCUGCUCUCCUAAAGCGUCAGAGGAAGGAAAUUGAGGAACUUCGUAAAAAAUUGAAGGGUAAACUUGCUGAAGACAUGGACAAAGAAGUCCUGAAGUUACGUAAUGAGCUAUUAAAGAUCGAGUUGGAAAGAGAAAAGUUGGCUCUUCAACUAGAGGAAGAGAAAAAAUCUCAAGCAGAAAAGGAGAGACUUAUAAAAGAGCAUGAACAAACAAUUGAAAAUCUCAGUACUAUGGUUUUGAAUUGCUCAUCCAACAUUAACACAUCUGAACGAGCAAUGCAAAAGGCAUGUAGUUUGCAUCCAAGUGAAGAAACCAUUACAAUCAGAAGUGAUACAGCUUGUGUUCUAGCAAGAUUUGAGGAUCUUUUGUGUGGAGCUGAAAACAAUUGCUAUCAAUCAACCAAUGAAGAAAUUAUUCCACCAAAUUUUGUUAAUGUUGCCGAUGAUGACACUUGGAUUGGUUUGAAUAAUGUUACAACAAUUGCUGAACCUGCAUUUUUUGAAUUUCCUAGAGAUGAGCAAUAUAAUUUUGGGACCAUGGAGACAACCAGUUCAAGUGAAGCAGAGAGAACUGAAAUGCGGCUACAGAAACUUCUGGAAGAAAAUGCUCAACUCAAGGCACAACUAGCUGAAGAAAGAAAAAUAACAAACAUUUACAAUUGUUUCAUCAUAAAAAUUCUUGAACUUCAGGAUGGAGAAAGAAGGAUUAGGGAUAUACUAAAAGAAACAUGGAUGCAACUACUGCGUACACAGGAAAAUGAACAAAACCUUAGAAAAGAGAAUAUUUCUCUUCUUCUUUCCAAAACACGGGCAGAGAUGCUGCUUGAUCAAAUCCGAGGUCAGCUUGAGUUUCUUGAGAAAAUAUUGACUCAAGCAUGUAGUGAACACACAGAAGUUCACCUCUAUAGUAUCAUGGUAAAGGACAUGGUAUUGACAGCUACUAAACAUGCAAGAAGCAUUGGAGAUGCAUAUGCAUGUCUGCAGCUGCUUCAUGAUGAUUUUUCAUUAGAAAAGAUAGAUUCCUGUAUGAAUUUCAAUGAAAUAUUAGACAUCGGUCAGGAGGAUAUGUGUAACAUUGCUGAUCCUGAUGAGCUGGUUAUGAAUCUCAGUAAGAAAGACUCGGAAAUGUCACACAUGCAUUAUCAGACAGAUUCUACUGUUAAUGAUUUGACUCUUAUUGACCCAAGUUUUGAUUUGGUUGAUCUUCAAAGCUGGGGGAGGCACUUAACUCCAGAGGAAAGGGAAAUGGCAUUCAAUGUUUUCAAGAGAUUCUGCAUGAAGAUGGGAAGGGCCCAAUUGUUGGAGGCAAAACUUGCAGCUGCAGAAUUACAUGUUGUUGAACUCAAAAUUGAAGUUGAUGAUUUGCGAGCUAGAUUACAGGUUCUUAAUGUGAAUUCUCCAUCACAUGGAGAAAUUGAAUUACAGAAGUUGAGGAGUCAGUGUGAUUGUUACAAGAAAGAGAUUGAGCUUCUUAUGGAACAAGUUCCUACUGCUCAGCAAGAAGCUUACAAGCGGAAUGAAAUUGCCAAGAUUCAAAAGGAAAACACAAAAGCCCAGCUACGACUAAGAAAUCUUGAGAGACAGAUAUCACAUGUUAAGAAAUGGAGAAAGGAACUUAGGAGGCUGAAAGAAGUUGAUAGAGAAAGAGACACUUUAUUAUCUAGGCUAGAGGAAGCUCUGAAAAGAAACCGAAGUUUGCAGCAAGAAUUAGUAAUGUUGAAGGAAAAGACUGCAUAUUGCUCUACAACAAGGAGAACUACCUCAAAAGUUCAAUCUGCCAAAAAGUCUCUUCAAGCCCAGGAUGUGGCUGUUUUGGAAAGUCAUGUUUUCGAAGCAGAAUCUGUAGAAGUUGAUGAUGCACUAUGGAAGCAAGAACUCGACAAGGAAAUUGGAUGUGCUAAACUACCAAGUAGCUCAGUGAGAUUGCAAACAAGACCUCCCUUAAAGAUUAUUGAUGUAAACAGGGAAAAAUCUGCUAAAAACUCACAACCUAAUUAUCUAAAUGAAUCUGUUUAUAAUGGGAUUACAAACAAAGAAAAUAUCUUAAUAUCUAAGAAAUAAAUCUCAGGGGCCAUUUCAUGUCAAAGAAACAUUGACAUGAAUGGUCCUGUGCUAGACAUUCUGAAAUUAGGAACCUGUAAUGUCCUAAUAUAUUCUAUCUGUAUCAUGACAAACGGUAAUCAUUAUGUAAAUAUCACAAUUUGAAUGUAACAUAUUUAAUUGGUUCUGAAAGAUUCACAAAAUCA